AUGGGCAAGUCAUUUCUGUCUCAAGCGAAGAAGUCUAGAGAAAUGAAUACUCGAUCGAAUGCUUCUAGUGUGAAUUUUCAAAGAGAUCAAGGAAGACAAUAUUCAAGUUCUAAAGCUCAAGCGACUUCUAUGGCAAGUGUAGGUAGUGUUAAACCUACUAGACCGGAAUGUCAAUAUUGUGGAAAACGAAAUUUAGGGGAAUGUUAUUUAAUCAGCCGAGCAUGUCUUAAAUGUAGAUCUCAAGAUCAUUUUGUGAAAGAUUGUCCAGAAAGAGAAGAGAUAGAAAAGUUUCAGAAUGUGAGAUCGAGCAGUGUGACUACUAAAGGAAGACCACCGAGAAAUGUGGGGAUUGGAACUAGUGGUAAAGGUGUAACAGAAGACACAACUGUAAGAUCUAAAGCGAGAGCUCCAGCGAGAGCUUAUGCCAUCCGAGCUAGAGAGGAAGCACCUUCCCCUGAUGUGAUCACUGGGAUAUUUUCUCUUUACGAAACUAAUGUUCUUGCAUUGAUUGAUCCUGGUUCUACUCACUCGUAUAUAUGCAUGAAUUUAGUGUCUGAUAAGAAUUUGUGUGUUGAAUUGACUGAGUAUGUGGUUAAAGUGUAG